AUGGCAGACGUGGCAGCGUUCGGUACCUCGCCGCCGGCCCCUUCGCCUCUGGCCGCAGGCGACGUCGCCGCCGACGCGCUGCUCGCGCCCUGGCCGAUGUCCCCGUGGCCGGCGCCACUCCGGCACGGCGACGACCGUCGCCCGAACCCGCUGUUCGCCAUCCUGCCGCUCUCGGCGCUGGCGAUAGGGCUGGUGCUGCUCGUCGCCGUGGCGGUCAUCCUCGUGCUGACCCGCCGGGGCAGGCUCAGGCUGGCGGGCGCCGUGGUCAGCGUCGACGGCGACAAGCCGGGCGGGGCGCCGGCGUCCAGCUGCGGCAGCAGCGCCCGGGCCAGCCACAAUGCCAGGUGCUACCCCGCCUCCGGGUGCAUGUACGGCGGGAGGCUGGGCCCGCUGGGGCUGGCGGCGGCGCAGCCGCGGAGCCGGGGCGCGCAGGUGUUCACGUACCGGGAGCUGGAGCGCGCCACGGACGGCUUCGGCGAGGCCAACGUGCUGGGCCGCGGCGCGUACGGCGUGGUCUACCGCGGCCGGCUCGUUGACGGCACCCCGGCCGCCAUCAAGCGGCUGCAGCUCGACCUCCGGCGCCAGGGCGAGCGCGAGUUCCGCGUCGAGGUGGACCUCCUGAGCCGGAUGCACUCGCCGCACCUAGUGGGGCUGCUGGGCUACUGCGCCGACCAGAGCCACCGGCUGCUGGUGUUCGAGCUCAUGCCCAACGGCACGCUCAAGAGCCACCUGCACCGGCCCGCCGCCGUGGCCACGGACAGCCAGGAAGCCAGGUCGCCGGCGCCGCCGCCGGCGCUGGACUGGCAGACGCGGCUGUGCAUCGCGCUGGACUGCGCCCGCGCGCUGGAGUUCCUACACGAGCACACCUCCCCGGCGGUGAUCCACCGCGACUUCAACUGCGGCAACGUCCUCCUCGACCACAACUACCGCGCGCGCGUCUCCGACUUCGCCACCGCCAAGGUCGGCUCCAACAAGGCCAACGGCCAGGUGCUCACCCGCGUCCUCGGCACCACCGGCUACCUCGCGCCAGAGUAUGCGUCGACGGGGAAGCUGACGACCAAGUCGGACGUGUACAGCUACGGGGUGGUUCUCCUCGAGCUGCUGACCGGCCGGGUGCCGGUGGACACGCAGCGGCCGCCGGGACAGCACGUCCUCGUUUCAUGGGCUCUUCCACGGCUGACCAACCGCGAGAGGCUCGUGCAGAUGGUAGACCCGGCCCUGAAAGGCCAGUUCGCCGUGAAAGAUCUCAUCCAGGUUGGGGCCAUCGCGGCGAUGUGCGUACAAACCAAGGCGGAGUACCGGCCGCUGAUGACGGACGUGGUGCAGUCGCUGAUCCCCAUCGUCAAGAAGAGCCCCGUCAUGUCCUGCUCCUCCACGCCGGCGAGGCCCCUACAACACGUUGUCUACAUGAGCCCGCUGCAGAAGCAGGCGUCCUAGAACACGAGACAUGUCCGACGGCUUGGAAUUUUCAGCUAGUGUACAUACCUCAACCUGGAGUAAGGCACACGCAUAUGAACUGAAGAGAUCAGAGGAUUGUUUUUCCUUGGUUUGCCCGAGCUUGUCCAGAGAUACCUACCUUCCGUUUCAAAAAAAAAAGAGAUACCCACCUUGUUCGAGAUGAUACCUUGCUGGACAGAGUACGCCAGGUUCUUCAUGACUUGCAUUGCAAUAUAUCCUUGCAGCUAUCAUGUGUUUGGUCGACAAUACAUCAUUGUACGCUUCUCUGUUUAUUUGUUCGAGAUAUAAUGUAAAAAGAUGGAACAAUCAAUUAGUUUCUUUUUGGGAGCUCUUCGAA